GCCGGUCACCCACGGCUGCUGUGGACGUCGUGGCGUAGCUAGGCUGCGUUGAAAGAAAAGAGGAGGGUCUAUCGGAAGAGUCCCUUUAUUUAUUUCUUUGUUUCCAGUUGGGGGGGAAAAAAAAAUAAUAAUAGCAGCGUUAAGACAUUUUAUAUAUAUAUUUUUUUUUUCUUUGAAUCGGGGGAGCUGGAGAGCCAGAAAAACUGGCAAAGGCUGCGAGGGGGUUUAGGAAGCGGAUGAAGGAAGAGGAUGAAGCGGCGCAAUGCGGACUGCAGCAAACUCCGGCGGCCGUUAAAACGGAACCGAAUCGCCGAGGGUAUAUACGGCAGCACUUUUCUAUACCUCAAGUUCCUGGUUGUUUGGGCACUGGUGCUGUUGGCGGAUUUCGUCCUGGAGUUCAGAUUUGAGUAUUUGUGGCCAUUCUGGCUCUUCAUCAGAAGUGUAUAUGACUCCUUCAGAUACCAGGGUCUGGCAUUUUCAGUGUUUUUUGUCUGUGUAGCAUUUACAUCAGAUAUUAUAUGCCUACUCUUCAUACCUGUUCAGUGGCUCUUCUUUGCAGCAAGUACGUAUGUCUGGGUACAAUAUGUGUGGCACACAGAAAGAGGAGUUUGUUUGCCCACAGUAUCUCUUUGGAUAUUAUUCGUAUAUAUAGAAGCUGCAAUCCGAUUCAAAGAUCUGAAAAACUUUCAUGUGGACUUGUGUCGGCCAUUUGCAGCCCACUGCAUUGGAUAUCCUGUUGUGACCCUGGGUUUUGGUUUCAAGAGUUAUGUCAGCUACAAGAUGCGCUUAAGAAAACAGAAAGAGGUCCAGAAGGAAAACGAGUUCUAUAUGCAGCUUCUUCAGCAGGCAUUGCCUCCAGAACAGCAGAUGCUACAGAGACAAGAGAGGGAGGCAGAAGAAGCAGCAGCAGCCAAAGGGAUAUCGGAAGUGGAUUCCACACCAAUUUCACAACACAAUGGUGUCCCUGGUAAUAAAAAGCUAUCAACAACUUUACCAGAGCUCGAAUACAGAGAAAAAGGGAAAGAGAAGGACAAAGAUGCCAAGAAACACAACCUUGGAAUAAAUAACAAUAUUUUGCAGCCUGUAGACUCUAAAAUACAGGAAAUCGAAUACAUGGAAAACCAUAUCAAUAACAAGAGAUUGAACAACGAUCUCGUCGGGAGUACGGAAAACCUCCUAAAAGAGGAUGCGAGCACCACAUCUUCGAAAAACUACAAGAAUGCCAGUGGGGCCGUGAACUCCUCUCCCCGCAGUCACAGUGCGGCCAAUGGCAGCAUUCCCUUGUCUUCAGCCAGUAAGAACGAGAAGAAGCAGAAAUGCCCCAGCAAGAGUCCGAGCACUCACAAGGAUUUAAUGGAGAACUGUAUACCCAAUAACCAGCUCAGCAAGCCUGAUACUCUUGUCCGGUUGGAGCAGGACAUUAAGAAGCUGAAGGCAGACCUGCAGGCCAGCAGGCAGGUCGAGCAGGAGCUGCGCAGUCAGAUCAGUUCUCUGAGCACCACCGAGCGCAGCAUCCGCUCUGAGCUGGGUCAGCUGCGUCAGGAGAACGAGCUGCUGCAGAACAAGUUGCACAGUGCUGUACAAGCAAAACAGAAAGACAAACAGACCAUCAGCCAGUUAGAGAAGAGGCUGAAAGUGGAACAGGAAGCACGAGCCAUUGCCGAAAAGCAGCUGGCGGAAGAAAAGAAGCGGAAGAAGCUGGAGGAGGCAACAGCAGCCCGGGCAGUAGCACUGGCUGCAGCGUCCAGAGGAGAGUGCACAGAUACCCUGAGGAGCCGUAUCAGGGAGCUCGAGACGGAGUGCAAAAAAUUAACAAUUGACAUGAAAGUCAAAGAAGAGCAAAUCAGAGAGUUAGAAAUGAAAGUGCAGGAGCUACGCAAAUAUAAGGAAAACGAAAAAGACACUGAAGUACUGAUGUCAGCGCUUUCAGCCAUGCAGGAUAAAACGCAGCACCUGGAGAACAGCUUGAGUGCAGAGACCAGAAUCAAACUGGACCUGUUCUCCGCCCUGGGGGAUGCGAAACGACAGCUGGAGAUUGCACAAGGUCAAAUAAUCCAGAAAGAUCAGGAGAUCAAGGACCUGAAACAAAAGAUAGCAGAGGUGAUGGCGGUCAUGCCGAGUAUCACUUACACUGCAGACGCCAACAACAUGAACCCUGUCGCCCCGCACUAUUCCUCAAAGUUCAUGGAUACUAGCCCCUCUGGACUGGAUCCAAACGCCUCAGUUUACCAGCCCCUGAAAAAGUGAAUACCCACUUUUCUCUGAUCGCCCAGAUGAAGAUUUUACUCAGUGUCUUUACAUUGAGCGAGAGUGUUUUUUUUUCCUGGUCAAGAAGACAUUGUAUUGUGUGACUGUAUUUGUUGUAGUUAAAACAAAAGACAAAAAAAAAAGGGACAUCACAUCGACUUGGACUGGCCAAUGGUUUCUUUCUUGUAAAUGUUUAGAAAACCUCACAGAACUUGGCGUAUAUCUUUCUUGGUCAGUGCAUAACUGCUUCCUUUUUUUUCCCUUAGUUGAUUCUUGCCUUCGUGCCGUUUUGUUUCUGGUUUAUUUCAGUAUUUUUAAUAGCAGGGUUACAUCUGUCCCCCUCCUCUUCUGUCCACGGAAAGAAAGCUUAAAAAUAAGCUGGGAAACGGAAAGUGGUUUGUAUUUUGGUUAAUUUGGUUAACAUCUCUCUGUGUUAAAUGGAAUGUAAUGUGAAACCAAUAGUGUUCUACUGAAUUAUUUUGCCACAGUGUAUUGCCUUGACAAUGGACUCUUUUUCAAGGGGAACUAUCAGAACUUCUCUUCUAAUCUUACCCUGCUGUUUGAUUUUAGUACACCACAGAGUCUACUGCAGCCUGGACACAAGCUAUUGCAUGACUGCUUCCUACUUUAUAAAGUGGCAGUUUAAUUUUUGUUUUUAGAUGUACAUUUGUUUUAAUCUGUUAUUUGUCUGACAUGUGUUGCAUCCUAAGAAGGCAUGCUGUGAGAAAGGGAAAAUAAUUUAAGAUGGAUUUAGUGCAAUUUAUAUGACAAAAAAGGCUUUUAAUCUGCCAAAAGCUAUAUUUCUAGCAUAGAUAUUCUGUUAAUCAUGCUUUAAAGUUAGCAUCAACUUGUUGGUGAAGAUCCUUUUACAGCUGAAUGUCGAUUCAGUUUAUGUGCCAAGAGAAGGCGUUUUUUUUCCUCAUGAGUGUGUUUUCGAUUUAAAUGUAUCACAAAUACAUUGAGGAAACACAUCUGGAAAUUGUGGUUUUAAGGUGCUAAGCUUGAAAAUCUGAAUGUUUGUUGCAUUUAUAAUAGAAAAGAGCAGCCUUUGUCACCAAGUGCAGUAGACUCUGUAAGUGAAAUAAGUAUUAAACUUUUUUUAGUGGAAUUUUUCACAUCCUGCUUAGGACAUCAUCACUGAUGGGUAGAACUUAAAAAAAACAUGGAUGAUUAGCCUAAGUCAGAUAUGUUUUUCUGUAUUUUGAAGUUUUAAAAGCAUCUUGUGCGUUUGUCACCAUGGAAAAGUGUCACAGAUUAGCAAUGGUGUCAUGGGUUCUUGAAGCUUUGUGGGGAAAAAAUGAAAUUUUGUCUCAAUUUUUUUUUUAAAGUAAACCCUUAUUUUCUUUGCUGCCAUAUGGGCACAUGAUCCUUUAUGUAACUGAUCUUGGCUGCAUUCUCUAUUUCUGUGGGGUUUACAAGGAAUAAACUUUUUUCUUGCAGAUGA